UUAUUUCAUGUCAGCAGUACCAGUCAGACAGGAUUGAUUUUGGAAAAUGCGGACGCAUAUGUGGAAUGUAUCAUAAUUUUGUUAUUGCCCCUCGAUGACUUGGCUCUUUUAUCAACCACAUUGACACGAAAGUCAAUGCUUGUGACGGUAUAAAGGUUUAAAAUUGUCACAAUUGUAACGGCUUCUAUGUCAUUGUGAUGAGUCUCUUCUGCACUUUCUGUGGCCCAGCCCACUAAUCUGGACUCAAGGCUGAGCAGGUAAAGAUGAGUCUACACAGUGCGAGUGGAGGCUGUGAGCGGUCGAGGGACCGUCGGCGUUCCAGUGACCGCUCACGUGACUCCUCUCACGAGCGGGGUGAAGGCCAGCUCACCCCGUGUAUCCGCAAUGUCACCUCACCCACACGACAACACACUAGUGAACGGGAGAGUGUCUCAUCACGGCCUAACAGCCCGAGACCUCAAAGAGUCUCUCCCAGUGGCUCCAGCAGUCGCAACAGCAGCCUGUCCAGCACGGAGGGCACCUUUAAGAGCAUGGGCACGGGAGAAAUGGUGUUUGUUUACGAAAACUCCAAAGAAGGUGCUCGCAGUAUGCGCACUUCAGAGAGAGUCACACUCAUUGUAGACAACACGCGGUUUGUGGUGGACCCCUCCAUCUUUACUGCACAACCGAAUACCAUGCUGGGCAGAAUGUUUGGUUCAGGGCGCGAACACAAUUUCACACGGCCGAAUGAGAAGGGGGAAUAUGAGGUGGCAGAGGGCAUCAGUUCCACUGUUUUCAGGGCCAUAUUGGAUUACUACAAAACCGGGAUAAUCCGUUGUCCGGAUGGAAUCUCCAUUCCCGAGCUGAGGGAAGCAUGUGACUAUUUGUGCAUCUCUUUUGACUAUAGCACUAUCAAAUGCAGGGACCUAAGUGCUCUGAUGCACGAGCUGUCAAACGACGGGGCACGCCAUCAGUUUGAGUUCUACCUUGAAGAGAUGGUGCUGCCGCUGAUGGUGGCCAGCGCUCAGAGCGGAGAGAGGGAGUGUCACAUUGUUGUGCUGACGGACGAUGACGUAGUGGACUGGGACGAGGAGUAUCCACCCCAGAUGGGAGAAGAGUAUUCACAAAUAAUAUACAGUACAAAACUCUACCGUUUCUUCAAGUACAUUGAAAACCGAGACGUGGCCAAAUCUGUUUUAAAAGAACGAGGACUCAAGAAGAUUAGACUAGGCAUUGAAGGAUAUCCGACUUACAAAGAAAAGGUAAAGAAGAGGCCAGGCGGCAGGCCUGAAGUCAUUUACAACUAUGUGCAGAGGCCCUUCAUCCGCAUGUCCUGGGAGAAGGAGGAGGGUAAGAGCCGGCAUGUGGACUUCCAGUGUGUGAAGAGCAAAUCCAUCACAAACCUGGCAGCAGCAGCGGCUGACAUUCCACAGGACCAACUGGUGGUGCUGCACCCCGGCCCUCAGGUGGACGAGCUGGACAUUCUGCCUAAUCACCCUGCUCCAGGACACCACUACAGCAACAACUACGAGCCCGAUGCUGACGCUGCCUCACCUGCACUCUGAAUGCACACCUCCCCCCUCUGUUCUUCCUCUCCUCUCCCACAGCAUGCUGCAGCAUGGCUCGAGAGUGACACCGUUAACCAGAUUGCCUUCUGCACCUCCUUUCGCAGCCUUAGAGCCUCAACAAGCUAGUCUACUGUACUAUGAAAAUGUUAAAAAAACAAAAAAAAAAACAAGAGGGGACUCGGGAUACUGGCAUGGGCAGUGCUCUCGUGUUUUUUUUUUUUUUUGUUUGUUUGUUUUUUUGUCUUACUUGACCAAAGGAAUUUUUCUUCAUUUUUGUUGUUUGAGAAGAAAUAAGCAACCUUACUUAUUUUGUAAUUGGGCUUAUUAUUAUUACUACUUUUCCUUUCCAUUAUUAUUAUUAUUAUUAUUAUUAUUAUUGAUUUAUUAUGGUAUUUGCUCUUAUUUGCUAAGUUUUUGAUAUGUAUCCUGGGUGGUGUCACUGUGUACCUAUCACUACUAUUUUUAUUAUUAUUUUUUUUUUCAACUCAAAAAUGCUCUGUCAGUCCCGGGUUCAUGGUUCCCCUCCGAAGCUCCUUUUUAGCCAAAGGAGUUGUGUUUGCCUGUUGAAUGGAUGCAGUGUUACAUUUUAUGUGGUCAGAAUCCCACUGUUCAGAGCUUGAGUCAUUGUAUAAAUAAAGUUAUACCGCACA